AUGGGGGCCGUUGACACUCUGCUGUCGCUGGCUAUUCCGGCGUUGGUAAUCCUGCACCUCGUGGUUGCACCCUACACCAAGGUAGAGGAGUCGUUCAACAUCCAAGCUGCUCAUGAUGUCCUGGUCUACGGCACCCCUACCAGGGAUGUGCAUACCAAGCUGUCUACGCAGUACGACCACUUCGAUUUCCCAGGAGCGGUGCCGCGUACCUUUGUCGGGCCUGUCCUGCUCGCCGGCCUCACCCAACCCGUUGUGGCGCUCGUCGGCUUCCAGCAUGCCCAAUUCCUCGUGAGAGCCGUGCUGGGCCUUGUCAACGCCUGGAGCCUGGUGGUGUUCAAGAGAAAUGUCGCCAGAGCAUUUGGGCAGCCGACCGCGAGGUGGUACACCUUGCUGCAAGCCACCCAGUUCCAUGUGCUCUUCUAUGCCUCGCGGACGCUGCCCAACAUGUUCGCAUUCGGCUUCACAACACUGGCCUUCGCACAACUCGUGGGCGACCCCAGGACGCUCAGCGUAGGGAGGUGCAAGCUGGCUAUCGCGCUGCUGACAUGUGCGACUGCGGUGUUUCGGUCAGAGCUGGCCAUUCUGCUCGUCACCACCACUGCAUACCUUCUAGUGGUACGAGGGCUUCCGCUUCGCACCGUCAUCCAGCCUUUCCUGGUGUCCUUUGUCUUCUCGCUCCUGGCCUCUGUGCCUCUAGACUCCUAUUUCUGGCAGAAGCCCCUCUGGCCAGAGCUUUGGGGGUUCUACUACAAUGCUGUUCUCGGUUCGUCCUCCGAUUGGGGCGUCUCACCGUGGCAUUACUACUUCACCAAUGCCUUGCCAAAACUACUGGUCAACCCCUUGACGCUGGGUGUUCUCGUCCCAUUUGCUUGGAUACACCCAGCAACGGUGCAUUAUACUCGGACAUUGACGCUGCCGACUCUGCUGUUUGUGGCAAUCUACUCCUUACAGCCGCAUAAGGAGGCGCGCUUCAUCUUCUACGUCGUUCCGCCCAUGACGGCGGCAGCUGCCCUUGGCGCAAACUACAUCUUCACGCGGCGCGGAAAGUCAACCGUAUACGCACUCGCCUCGGCUGCCCUUGUCGCUUCAAUCCUGGCGUCACUUGCGAUCAGUACCGGGAUGCUUCUGGUUUCCUCCUUGAACUAUCCUGGUGGCGAGGCGCUUUCUGAGUUGCGCUCCCUUGUCACCUCCAAUGCGGCAUCCCCUGAUGUUCAGGCCGUCAUGGUUCAUACAGAUGUCCUCUCCUGUAUGACUGGUGUCACACUCUUUGGACAACAUACAUAUCCACCCAACGAUCCCAAACCGGUGACGGAGACAGUCUCAUUCGCGUUUGACAAGACUGAGAAGUCCUCUACACUCCGAAAUCCAGCUUUCUGGAGCAAGUUCGACUACGUACUGCUGGAAGAUCCGUCCAAGGCCAUUGGGUCCUGGGAAACGAUUGGCACAAUUGAAGGAUUUGCCGGCGUAGAGGUCCUAAGACCUGGAAUGGAGGCGACGGAUGAUCUGGAGGCUGGCCACGGUCAGGUGCUAGGCCGAGGCGCUCUUGUGAAGAAGGCGCGGGAGAUCGUCAGGGGUGUGACGGGUGGAUGGUGGGUCGGACCCAGGAUGGAGCCGAGAAUAAGGAUAUUGAAGAAGCUUAGAAGUGCUCCAAGAAAGGAAGUCAAGGAGUGA